UCCGGACGGGGGACGCUGACGCUCGAUAAACCUCCCCUAGCCUGGGCUGCCGUGGUACGGUCCAGACUAGGACAAAAGGCUGGGGAUGCCGUCACUCGUCACGCCCCCUCCCGCCUGGGCCACCAUGUGAACGUGCCACGGUGGCAUUAGCAGGCGACACUGCACGCCUGGCUCCGUCUCUGGUUUGGAGUCCAGGCGCCUUCCCAGCCGAUUGUGGGCCGCUCACUGCAAAGUUGAGCAGAGGCCAGCCCCACUUGAGACGUGUUCUGCAGUGCGGCACCCAUCCGGAGUCCAGAUAGCACGGAUUUGUUUCUCGCAGUGUGUCCCCACACUCUAGUAGGCCCGGCUUCCUUUAGGACAGCUCUGGGCAGGGGAGAAGUUAAGAGCUGGUCCCAGGCCUAGUGAAGGCGGCUCACCAGCCACCUACUCCAUGCUGGGCAGAGAAGCUGAUGGUUUCGUCCUUGCUGUUUGUGCCAUAAUCUGACAAGGAGAGAGUUCAGACCUUUCUCAGCCGUGGCCUGGGGGCAGCUCGGACCCCACAGGCAGCAUGUCUGCCCGGCCCACCCCUGCAACCCUGCUCCAGACUGACUCGAAAUCUGCUGUUGGCUCUUAACGUCGAUUCUUUGUCAUCAGAUUAGGGCCGCUGACCUUUAGUUUUUGCAGGACAAGAACUGCUGCUCUCUGAAAGCUGCUGGAAUCAUGAGGUCUAAGAAAGAAGAACACGGCUGGAAUCCAGGAAGGCAUCUGUGACCCCACUGGGACUUGGCUUGAGCCUGUGCUCACUGGGGAGGGGCGAGUGACGGCCACCGGGCACCUCGCCCCCGCCCCCUGCAGCCCUUCACCGGGGAGCCGGCCUGCCCCAUGCUGCCCACGCUCUGGAGGAGACGAGCAUGUCAGCCUCAGCAAAGCCCUCAGAGCUGGCCGAGCCGGCCCCCGGCCCCGAGGAGCAGCCCAGAGGGAGGCCGCUCCUCGCCUGGGGCUCGCUCUUCGGCCCCCGCAGCGAGAAGAUCGUGCUCAGCAGGAGCGAAGGCGCCCCUGAGGAGAGCGCGCUCACCAUCACCAUCACGGAGACCACGGUCAUCGAGUCGGACCUGGGCAUGUGGAGCUCCCGGGCUCUGCUCUACCUGACGCUCUGGUUCUUCUUCAGCUUCUGCACCCUCUUCCUCAACAAGUACAUCCUGUCCCUGCUGGAAGGGGAGCCCAGCAUGCUAGGUGCUGUGCAGAUGUUGUCAACUACGUUUAUCGGAUGCAUUAAAAUAUUUGUUCCUUGCUGUUUAUAUCAGCACAAAACCCGGCUUUCUUACCCGCCCAAUUUCAUCAUGAUCAUGCUGUUUGUGGGUCUAAUGAGGUUUGCAACGGUGGUGCUGGGCCUGGUCAGCCUGAAGAACGUGGCGGUUUCGUUUGCUGAGACAGUGAAGAGCUCCGCUCCCGUGUUCACGGUGAUCAUGUCCCGGAUGGUCCUGGGGGAGUACACAGGGCUGCUGGUCAACCUCUCCCUCCUCCCCGUCAUGGGAGGCCUGGCGCUGUGCACGGCAACGGAGAUCAGCUUCAACGUCCUGGGGUUUUCAGCCGCCCUGUCCACCAACGUCAUGGACUGUUUGCAAAAUGUGUUUUCGAAAAAGCUCCUCAGCGGGGACAAAUACAGGUUCUCGGCCGCGGAGCUUCAGUUCUACACGAGCGCGGCGGCUGUGGCCAUGCUGGUCCCCGCCUGGGUCUUCUUCCUGGAUCUGCCAGUGAUUGGGCGGAGCGGGAAGAGCUUCAGUUACAGUCAGGACGUCGUGCUGCUGCUGCUGAUGGACGGCGUCCUGUUCCACCUGCAGAGCGUCACGGCCUACGCCCUCAUGGGCAAAAUCUCCCCCGUCACCUUCAGUGUCGCCAGCACCGUGAAGCACGCCUUGUCCAUCUGGCUCAGUGUCAUAGUGUUUGGCAACAGAGUCACCAGCCUGUCGGCCGUCGGCACCAUCCUGGUGACGGCGGGUGUCCUGCUCUACAACAAAGCCAAGCAGCGCCAGCGGGAGGCCAUGCAGAGCCUGGCUGUGGCCGCCAGCCGAGCGCCAGACGACGAAGUGGAGCCGCUGAACCCCAAGGACACCAGAGCGCACCACUGAGCUCCGGAAGCAUCGCCAGGUGCCCAGGGCCCCGAGGAGCUGCCCACUGCCGCUGUCCCCCUUGCCGACACGGACACCCAGGCUCCUUGGGUCAGGGGGGUGCAGGAGGCCAAGGGACAUGCCGCCUUCCCUGCUCUUGUUUUGGGUUUUCAGUGAAAACCAACAGGAGCUUGAACAGGGGUCCCAGAUGCCUGGCUCCUGGGGUGGAGACCAGAGUCAGCUGCUGCUGAGCCACGGCCAAAUAAUGUGAAAUCUGCCUCCUGCCGGCCCUGUACUGAGCACGUGGAGGGGGCUGGGACUCCCAGCUGGCCUCUGCACCCCAUCACCCGCACGUGGGUCCGGCUACAGCCAGGCCAGGCCCUCGUUCUGUCUGUGUGUGACAGCUACGGGGGCCCCUGUGAAAUGAGAGCUAGGUUCAGGUACCAGCGGGCACCACUGCCCGCUGCUCGGGGCCGGCGCAGAAUGCUCAGCUCCCCCGUGCCUGCCGUCAGAGGCCCGUGAAGGCACACUCUGCUCUCAGGCCAUCUGGGGGGGACUGCCAUGCUGAGACAGAGGGCCAGGACACCCCCUGCUUGGGCCGGAGGCCACAGCAGCUGAAUGACCCCAGGGCUAGGAGAGUGGAGAGAGAUCAGACGGGCACAGAAAUACAGGUCCCUGUUGCUGAGAGCAGGGUGCUGGGGCCCUGCCUUCCUGCCCCAGAGCUGCCAGCAGCCAGUGCCACUCAGUGAAAGGCCCCUUGCAGAAGGGAAGGUCUGCACUGCACUAGGCCCUCCACCUCCCGAGAGUCCCGACCCUCGCCUGUGGCUGGGGCUUCAGUCAGGGACCGUUGAUGUGGUGACUGAUGGUCACAGAGGUGGAGGACUGACAUCUGCAGUGUUACACUCAGGAUGGGGAUCUACUGACCUUCCCUGUUGUUCCCCUGGCCUUUGUGUGUGACAGAGGCUGUUCUGAAGGGCUCCCUGCAGGUGCCCCGCUGUCACCAGCUGGUCAGGAGCCACGUUGUACUUGUGUCCAGGGCCAGGGUGUUAAGGAGCAGGGGGAGCACUGGGAAGUUGGAGUGUUUACAGGUUGUGUCACACUGCAUUUAAAAUGACUGUGAAGCUUUUAAAGAAGACACCCCGGCUCAGUGGCUUCUGGAAGGCAUCCCUUAUGGCAGGUGACCCGUACUGAGCCCACAGCCUGGCUCAGCCUGGCUCUUGCCUCCCAGAGCCAUGGACACACCACGCUGGGUGUCUGAGCCCUGUGUCAUGUUGAAGCUCCUGACCUCUUCACUCUAUUCCUCAUCCUCUGUCUUGGUGAGGGUUCUGACUGGGGGGCAUCCGCUGCCAGCCAGGCUUUAGUACCUCUUGGCAGCACCAGGCUCAAGCUCUGGGGCGUGUCAUGUGCAGCCCAACGUAGAGGAUGAAGUCGGCCACACGGCCAUGCCAGCCCUGCCCGCUGCAGCGUAGUGAACCAGCCAACACGAGCGCCUCAGACACUGAUGGUUCCCUCAUCUGAUUCGCACUCCCCACCCCACCGCUGCCCACUGUCAUUCCGGUCCUUGGCUGCCAUUAUCUUUUCACUGGUUUUCCAGUUGGCUUGUCAACUGGAAAAUAUAUAAAAAGGCCUUCCUGGAGAUCAAAUCUCUUGGAAACAAAGAGCAAUAAUUAAGUCUCAUUAAGUUCUGCCUACUUGAAAAAGCUUGCCAGGAUGAUGGGUUAAACUGAGGCCUUUAAAACUAUAACCUUUUUAUGAAGCUGACUUCCUGUGUCCAGAGGACAGGCAGGUACGUGUUCGCCUGCAGGCCAAACUCACCUCCACUGUGAAGAUGUUGCCCCUGAGACUCCCCCGGUUUCUAUCCCCCUUCCUCUCUGCUUCCUCCACAAAUAACGGCGAUGAGGACUCGCUGGAGGCAGCCUGGGCAGCAGGAUGUGCUGGUCUGUGAGGCCCAGUGGGAAAGGACAGCUUCUACAGGGCCCUGCCUCUGCCCUCAACCAUGGGGCUGUUGUGGCCAGCUGUUGAUGGGACACGAGCAGAGACAGGGACACAUCUGUGGUCAUCCUGUUGCAAGACUGUCAUGCUGGCCUUCUCACGGACGCUGUCAUCUGAGUCACCGGAGAGGCAGCGACUGCUUCUGAGCCUCAUUAGGUUCGAGUCUUCUGCGGAACCAACUACCCUGCGCACCAUAUGUGCUCUGCCUCCCAUCACACGUGGUUUUCUGCCGGUUUUGAUUUUCCAAAUUCUUGGAUCAGAAACAAAAUGAAGAUUUAUUAGUAAAUGAGGUAGUUUCCAACAAAACUGCUUUUGAAACAUUUCCUAAGAACACAAGCUGUGGCCAGCACUGCCCUUGCCUUGGGCUUACAUUCCUUCUUCGUAUGGUCUCCACCGUGAAGCCGUCCAGUCCUGCAUUUCCAGGACAAUCCUGCCAGGAGACAAACCCACGGCCUGUCUUGGCCAUUUGUUUAAUGAAUGUACAGACAUCUGUUUCUUUAUUAACUUUGUGUGGUAGUGUUUAGAGUAUGUUUAGAGUAUGUUUAGAGUAUGUUUAGAGUAUGUUGCAGACAUGCUUGUAUCAUUGUUGACACUGGGUGUUGUCGUUGUCCAUGCCUUUAUAUAGAAACACUUCAAACGGGUGUCACGUUGGCUCAUCUGGUUACCUACAUCGAUGUUUCCAAAUGUACGUAUGUCUGGCUUUCAAGGAAACUUCUACUAUGAAUGGCAUAAAAAUUUUUUUUUCAUUUCAAUAGUCAUAAUUUCCUGCACAUCAUCAUUAAAAUAAUCUGCCCUGGAAAACUUGGAUAUUCUUGCACAAUCCAAAAAUGUGUCUUUAAUUUGAGAAAAAAAGACAUGCUGAAUCCAAAAUGGUGCAGUGCUUUACAGAGAGUCAGAUGAAGUUGUCUUGUAGCCCAUGCUGGAAAUCCUUUUCCCGAAACCAGUGGGUUGUGCUUGUGAACGGUCACUUGGGCAGGCCAGUAGAUGACAGGCACGUACCAUGGCUUUUUACAUCUGUCUGAGCAAUGUGCUUUCCUAAGGCCCGGAGUAUUUUCAGUUUCCCUGGGUUGGAAAACAAGGAUGCUACUGCAGAUAGAACUCUUCUUUUGCCUUUGACCAAGGUCGUACUGAGGGCUUUAUUCGUUCACAAAUCCAUACGGGCUCUGGUUGAGGCCUCUUCAUUUCCUUAGUUUACAAAAAAUGUCCCAGCUCCCCUGGUGAACCUGCCUGUUUCCUAGUGUCCUGGCGGAUGAGCCAGGAGCAGAGGUGAGGUGGUGCUGACCACCCUCCCGCUCAGGUGAAAAACCUUCAACGUUGCUGUCUUCAAGAGUCUCUUCCAGUUUUCCGAUGGUUCUGAUAUGGAGUUUGAUGGCCACUGGAUCCAUGGCCAGGUAGCCAGAGCUGCAAACUGUCCUAACUGGUAGAAUCUUGCCUUGUUUUUUGUUUUUUCUGGGUUUUUUUUUUCAUUUGGGUAAACCUGCAUUCACCUGAUUGGCGAUUUCCAGUCUUUGCAGAUGUGGGAGCUGAGUCUGAACCUGCCCAGGGGGUGUUAAUGGGCCCCAUGUGGAGGGUCACAGGUGACUUUCCCACAAUGAAAAACUUGAAAAUUUUAUCAGUAGUUGUCUACAUCAGAACCAAGUGAUACCUGCUUCAUACCAAACUGUGGAGAACUGAAAGCGCAUUGUACAAAAUGUGUGUAUAGUGUUCCUGUAUUUCAUCUAUUUCCGUAUUUGAGUGACUAGCUCAGUACUUUCUAGAACAUGGUUAAAUAAUUUAGUGAGUCACUGUUACAUCUGCUGUGAUAAUAAACUGAUGCCUCUUGGCUAUUUUUGUCUAAAUUAAGCCACCGUGGUAGCAACUACCUAGAACUCUGGUUCUCCAAAAGUACAAUAAACGUGACCAUGACCGUG